GUACGUAGCUAGCUUAGUGCAGCGCAGCCAGACCAAAUCCUUCUUAAUCAUAUAUUUAAACAUCUAAGUCCACUUUCGUACAACCAUGGCUGAGAUUUCUGGCGAACAGAUUGUAGGAUUGACAAAGGCUUUCUACUCAGAUCCUAAGAAUCUCCUAGCUCAGAAUGCCGCAACCUCACACGAUCCUCUGGACUUCUGCAUUCAUCAUGGGGCUACAGGACAGAACCUACAUGUAUACACACACAAAGUGGCCGAGGUCAAACCCAUGAGCAACCAGCGUAGCUCCGGGCGUUGCUGGAUGUUUGCCUGUCUGAACGCCAUGCGUGUACCGUUCAUGCGCAAACUCAACAUAGAAGAGUUUGAAUUCAGUCAAAAUCAUCUCUUCUUUUGGGAUAAGAUUGAGCGAUCCAACUACUUCCUCACUUCAAUGGUAGAGAUCUUCAAGAAAGGUGAGCCUGUUGAGGGUCGUCUGGUCAGUUUCAUGUUGACCAAUCCAGUCAACGAUGGCGGUCAGUGGGACAUGCUGGUCAAUCUGGUCAACAAGUACGGUGUGAUGCCCAAGAAAUGCUUCCCGGAGGCACACUCUUCAGGGGCAUCACGCAGGCUCAAUAUAACUCUCACUACCAAGUUACGUGAUUAUGCCAAGGCGCUGCGUGAUAUGGUGGAGAAGAAAGCAUCAGACGCAGACAUUGAGGCCAAGAUCAAGGAACAGCUGUCAGAGGUCUUUCGGGUGACGAGUAUCUGUCUAGGAAUCCCACCUACGACCUUCACCUGGGAGUACUAUGACAAGACCAAGACCUAUCAAACUGUUGGACCAAUCACACCUAAAGACUUCUACCUGGAACAUGUCAAGCCUGUUUUCAAUAUGGAUGAUAAGGUAUGCAUAGUGAACGACCCCCGACCUAAGAAGUAUGAAGAGAUGUACACCGUAGAGUACCUAGGCAACAUGGUCGGCGGCCAAAAGACGCUCUACAACAACCAACCCAUAGAUGUACUCAAAUCUACUACCCUCAAAUCAAUACAGAAUGGAGAGCCUGUCUGGUUUGGAUGUGAUGUUGGUAAAUUUAGCACGAGAAAGACUGGCAUGCUAGACAUAAAAAGCGUGGAUUACGAGUUGGUGUUUGGUAUUCAGAGCUUACAGCUAGACAAGGCAGAAAGGCUGCUGUAUGGAGAGUCAUUGAUGACCCAUGCUAUGGUCUUCACAGGCGUAGGAACGGAUGGCGCUGAAACUGAGACCAAAACAACCAAAUGGAGGGUUGAGAAUUCAUGGGGUGAGGAUGUGGGAGAGAAAGGCUAUCUAGUGAUGGCAGACGAUUGGUUUUCAGAGUUCGUCUACGAAGUGGUGGUCGACAAGUCCUACGUUCCAGCUGAAGUCCUGGCCGUCCUGACGAAGGAGCCUGUUGUUCUACCUCCCUGGGAUCCUAUGGGCUCUCUCGCACACGCUGGCUCGUCCAAGCUCUAAACCUAGCCUAGCCUUAGAUAUAGGGAAGAAGCGAUAUGAUAAAUCAUCAAAUCCAUUCUAAUAGAAUAGUUAUAUUCCGUAUGUCACAAAAUUAGGAAGGCACAUGAAAAUGCAUCUGUUUCAUUGAACUACUGUUUCAUAGAAGUUGUUACACACUGAGUAGGACUAUUCCAAUCUAAUUAUAAACAGAGAGACGUGCAUGAUAAGAAACCUUCGAGUCUUGUACUUUGUCUAAUAGAAAUAGUAAUAUUGUCCUCGGUAUGCACCAAAUUUAGGAAGA